AGCCAUCACUCCCAUCUUCAAACUCCCCACACUCACUCUCACUUCAAUAUCUUCUUCAUUUUAGUUAAGAUCUUUAUUUCUUUCAUUUAUUAUCUUCCAAAUCUCCACCCUCAAAAAUCUAUAUCUAUACGUCCACCAUAACCAUGUCAAUGACCACCUUACUAUCAUCAUCAUCAUCAUCCCCAUUAACCCUCUCUCACAAGAAAACCCUUUACUCCACACCCUUCAUUCCCAUCAUCAAUCUCACCAUCAAAACCCCACUGGUCAACCCUAGUCAACGCCGCCGUAUCACCACCGCCAAAUCCAACAACAACGACACCGCCGACGCCCCCGACAGAUUAAUCUCAGCUGUCUGUUACUUCUACCCAUUCUUUGAUGGCAUCCAAUACGGCAAAUACGUCAUAACCCAGUUCACAUUCCUUCAAACUCUGAUCCAGCCACUUGUACCCGCCAUUAAAGUGUUCAAAAGCUUCCCAUUUAAUGGGUUUUUAGUAUUCUUGACCCUUUAUUUUGUUGUUGUUAGAAACAAUAAUUUUAGUAGGUAUGUUCGGUUUAAUACUAUGCAAGCCAUUGUGCUUGAUGUUCUUUUGAUAUUUCCUGAUUUAAUUGAGAGGACUUUUAAUCCUAAAGAUGGUUUUGGGCUAGAUGUUUUGAUGAGUUUGGAUAGUACUGUUUUCUUGUUUUUGUUGGUUAGUUUGAUUUAUGGUUCUUCUUCUUGUUUCUUGGGACAAGUUCCUAGAUUGCCUAUUGUUGCUGAUGCUGCUGAUAGACAAGUUAUGUAACACCCCAUGCAUAUUUUUCAUUUAGAAUAUAUACAUUGUAAUUGCUUUAACUUAUUGUAAUGAAAAGAUUGUUAGUUGGCUA